GGUGGAUGGAUGAAGCCCAGGCCCUGGACACAGCAGACAGAUUUAUUAAUUCCAAGUGUGCAAAAUACAUGUUAAAAGCCAAUCUGAUUAAAGAAGCUGAAGAAAUGUGCUCCAAGCUUACAAGGGAAGGAACAUCAGCAGUGGAGAACCUGAAUGAAAUGCAGUGCAUGUGUUUCCAGACAGAGUGUGCACAUGCAUACAGAGCCAUGAACAGAUUCGGUGAAGCACUUAAAAUGUGUCACGAAAUUGAGAGACAUUUUAUAGAAAUCACCGAUGACCAGUUUGAUUUUCAUACGUACUGUAUAAGGAAGAUUACCCUUAGAUCAUAUGUGGACUUAUUAAAACUAGAAGAUGUUCUUCGGCAGCAUCCAUUUUACUUCAAAGCAGCAAGAAUUGCUAUUGAGAUCUAUUUGAAGCUUCAUGACAACCCUCUUACAAAUGAGAAUAAAGGACACGAAGUUGAUACAGCAAAUAUGUCUGACAAAGAGUUAAAGAAACUACGUAAUAAACAAAGAGCUCAAAAGAAAGCCCAGCUAGAAGAAGAGAAAAAUGCAGAAAAAGAAAAGUAGCGGAGAAAUCAGAAAAAGAAAAAAGAUGAUGAGGAGGAGGAUAUUGGAGGCCCCAAAGAAGAACUUAUCCCAGAGAAAUUGGCCAAGGUUGAAACUCCAUUGGAAGAAGCUAUUAAGUUUUUAACACCGUUGAAGAAUUUGGUGAAGAACAAGAUAGAAACUCAUCUUUUUGCCUUUGAGAUUUACUUUAGGAAAGAAAAGUUUCUUUUGAUGCUACAAUCAGUAAAGCAGGCAUUUGCUAUUGAUUCUAGUCAUCCCUGGCUUCAUGAAUGCAUUAUUCGACUCUUUAACUCUGUGUGUGAAAGUAAAGACUUACCUGAAACCGUUAGAACAGUACUAAAACAAGAAAUGAAUCAUCUUUUUGAAGCAACAAAUCCAAAGAAUUUUAAUGAAACUUUUCUGAAAAGGAAUUCAGAUUCAUUGCCACAUAGAUUAACAGCUGCCAAAAUGGUGUAUUAUUUAGAUUCCUCUAGUCAGAAGUUGCCAGUAGAGCUGGCAACAACACUUGAUGGGUCCCUCACCAACAGAAACCUUCAGACCUGCAUGGAGGUGUUGGAAGCCUUGUGUGAUGGUAGCCUAGGAGACUGUAAAGAUGCUGCUGAAGCUUAUAGAGCAAAUUGUCAUAAGCUUUUCCCUUAUGCUUUGGCUUUCAUGCCCCCUGGAUAUGAAGAGGAUAUGAAGAUCACAGUUAAUGGAGAUAGCUCUGCAGAAACUGAAGAACUGGCCAAUGAAAUUUGAACAUCAUUAAA